UAUCGUCUUAUUAUAGCUAUCUAUGGCUGGCUUCGUUCGCAAUAAAGAAAGAAUUAACUGUCAGUCUGCAUCGUACACUCAAUAUGGAAACAUCAAAAUUUCUUAAGUACAAAAAUACUUCUCAUCGCACUUCUCAGAGCAAAUAUCACAAUGGGUUACUAUUAGAAAAAGAUUUCGAAUGGGCAGUGAAGUUAAAUCGAUAUAGUCUAGUAUUAAUUGGACUUUGGCCUAAGUUCGAACAAACAACAUGGGAAAAACGUAUGUGCAAUGCACAUACGCUUCUCGUUUUCUCAAUGAUGUUAUUCUUUGUUGCGAUUCCUGCAAUACAUUCCAUGAUAAGAAUCCAUUUCGACCUUUUAUUACUGACAGAUAACUUGCAGUUUACUUUACCAGCCAUCACUUGCGUCCUAAGAUUUGCAAUAUUCUGGUGGAAGAGAAAACCAGUGACAGCAAUAAUAAACAUGAUCGCUUACGAUUGGUUAAAGGAGAAAACACGACAGGAAAAAACAACGAUGAUCGCAAGAGCGCAAAUUGCGCGCAUCAUUAUAACAUUUGGGUACAGCUUAAUGGGAGUGAGCUGGUUUGUUAUAGUUGUUUUACCGAUAUUUGGCCACUCGGUGAGAUACCUGUCUAAUAUCACUGAUCUGGAGAGACCAUUACCACUACAGACAUAUUAUAUCUACGACACAACUAAAAGCCCACAAUAUGAACUAACAUUCACUAUUCAAAGUAUUACCUUAUUCCUCAAUACUAUGUGUUAUACAGGCGUUGACAAUUUUCUUAGUCUCUCGGUAUUUCAUGUCUGUGGCCAAUUGGAUAUUCUAAGGAAUCGCCUCAUGUAUAAUUUACAUAAUGUCUCAAAUUACAACAGAGUUUUAAAAAAUUGCGUGAUAGAACAUAUCCGGCUACUUAGAGCUAUUCAUCAUAUUCAAGAAAUAUUCAAUAUAAUAUUGAUGAUAUUAUUUCUAUAUUUCGGGAUUCUUUUCGCUUUCUAUGGAUUUUGGAUGAUAAAUAUGCUCGAAAGUGAACAGCACUUAACAGUCUUUCACUUGACAUAUAUUAUAAGCGUCUUUACGAACGCAUUUGGUCAUAUGUGCAUGUAUUGUGCUGUUGGCGAAAUGUUAACAACUCAGUGCGAUCGAAUUUAUUAUGCUGUAUAUUUCAAUGAAUGGUAUACUAUGGAUCUAAGAAAUGCUCGGGACUUAGUUCUUCUAACAAUAAGAACCAGUAAGCCUCUUUAUCUUAACAUUGGUAAGGUGUUUCCUUUGACAAUGGCUACAUUUUGUAACCUAUUGAAAACGUCAGCCGGUUACAUAUCCGUGUUACUUACUACAAGAAGUCAAUCAAAGAUUUAAAAUAAAGAUUGGCUUGGAUGCUGUGACAAAGGGAGAGAAAAAGAGACAAGUCAGAAAGAAAAGACCUGUUAUUCUUGUUAGUAUGUAGUAUAAAAAGAAUAUGCAUUUAUGAAGUUAUAAUAUAGAGUGAAUACCUUAAAAAGAAGUGAGCGGGUAUUUCCGUGAAAAGAAUUUACUUAGAGUUCUUUGAAGGUAUAGUAACAGUUACUAAUGCAUUAGAAAAUAUAAUUUAAUAGUUUUCAAAAGUACAUAUCUCAAUUAUUAUGUACCAUCAUUAUAGAUUAUCAUUAUUUUGUAAUAAUAUAUUAUAUAUCGCUAAGCUUUACAGCCAGCCAAAUUAUUAGUUCUCUUUUAUUACGCUGUUAGUUCUAAUAUUUACUUUUACAAUGUUUGCAUAGUGUGUAUUCAUUUCGCUAUG